UGCCGUCAUAAAGGUAGUUUUGGUUUGGGAUUUGAUCAUCUGCAUUCUGUGAAUCUUUGGAGGACCACAAUUUGUUCGGUAUGUCUACAUACUCAUCGUUAAAAGCUGUAUAUUCCUUCUUGCUUCUGGAGUUAAACGGGACUCUAUAAGGUGCCUAGGUCUAUGGUUUGACGAGGGUCCUGCGGGCAUACAUUCUGGGAUAGCAUGUGCACGGUCAAUUUGAGAACUCAGGCCAUGCUGGCUGUUCUAUUCCUCCUAUCUCUCCUUGUACAACUGGUGUUGGCAAACGUUGAGAAGACAAUUUUUAUCGCACCCCAACCAGACUCCGCUGAGCUGCCAUCAUUAUUAUACAAUGAGGAAUUCUCCGGAUUAGACGCACUCUCUCCAUCUAUACCGUCGAUUAGGAGACAUCUCAACGCUUCUUUUCCAUCCGAAACCGCUCCCAUGGGAGUGAAAUCCUGGGUUCGUCUCCUUAACUUGAAUCCUGGGCAACGAUAUGAAGUCCGCAUAUGCUGGCUUGCAACCCAACCGACAUCUUUCCAUCUCAGGACAUUCGCAGUAUCUGAUGUCCUCGAUUUCCCUUCCUUGUCAUCUUCUUUAAUAGAUUAUUCCGCCGUCAAGCUCACCGAACAUUCUCCACCCUCAAGAUUGUCAUCUGCAUCGCCAAGUACAUCAUCAUUGUUGCUUGUCAUUGAUGCUGCGGCAGACUAUUUCACACUUAAUGAGACGCUUAUGGAUCACGUUCCGCCCGUCGUUGUGGAUAUUAUCCUUGACCCAUAUCUCAUGAACAUCUUCCCCAAAUCCCUAGUGCCCACCGCCCUGUAUGUUGCCUUGGCGACAGUUGUUGCUUGGUGGGCUUUCCGCUUCGUUCAAUCCUGCGUGAGCGGAAUUGUUAACAGCGCGAAUAUGGAGACGAAUACAGAGAAGAAAUCAAAGUAAUAACCCAACUUAAUUCUCAUGGAUGGACACUCAUCCAUUUUGCAACUACAAAAUAUCCUUAAUAUAUUCGUUACAGACCAAUAUUUCCAGCUCUGAAGACACAAACUAGCAUCGAACUCUGAAUAUAUGGACUAAAAAUCUGCUAUUGUUGCAAAAGUUCCAUUUGAUAUUCAACAUAGAUAUCCAUUCAAUGCCCCCAAAUAAAUGUCAUCCUGUUUUUAAAUGCCCCAAUUUUUUAUUUUUUUCGCUAGACCGACACACGCCAUUUUGCACCGUGAAAGGCCCAGUAGAGGAAUAAGUGAGACCGAAAAAAAAAAGGCCCAACCAAGGCUAGUCGCAACAGAAAUCUCAGUAGUCCCUAAGCACGGCAACUAAUUCAUCCAACCUAGCCACUUCGCCCAAGAGCAACUUCUCCGUAUCCCUCCAUUCCUUGAGAGUUUGUAGCUCCGCUGCGGACAGGUAGCGGUCCUCAUUUCCCUUGACAUCGGACCGUUCUGUCUUUUCAAGGAGAAAUUUCAACUUUUCUCGUUCAACGCGUAUUCGUUGAAGGCAUCGAGACAUGCUCUUAUACGUAUCCUCAAUUACCAUGAAACGAACUCGGUCAGGAUCGUAGAACCAAAGAUACAUUGUACGGGACGGCUGGCGCUGGGCGUCGCGCGGUACUUCCUGCAGCUCCACAAAGCCUGCGCUGGCCAUCUGACCCAGAAUCUGGCGGAGAUCCUUCGAAGCCAUUAGACUAAUCUCUUGUAGGCGUUUCUCGUCUAACUUGCCCUUGGCUGCAAGAACUCUCACAAUACGGACAGCAAAUCCGCCAAAUCGGGCUUCGAUUAAUCGCUCGAGUUCCAGAUGCCGUAGCUUUUUCGCGAGGUGCCGAUAUUCCACAGCCCAUGUAAUCAUACCCGCUUGCAUUCGUCGGGUGCAGAAGAAACUCGGCUCUGCGGCGAGGAAGGAGAGGUGCUGAUCAACCAAAUAAUUGCGGCUCGGACCGCGUCGUUUCAUGCUGACAGGGCCGCCUUCCUCGUCUUCAUCAUCCUCAUCCUCUUUAAUCCCAUUGAUAUUAUCGGGUAUAAUUCCGGCAAUUACCCCAGCAAGAUCCAAGUCAAUGUCAAGGUCUCUAGAAAUGGUAUCCAAGCGAAUCGAGACUGAAUAUUGUUCCGCUUCUUCUCCUUCAGGAAUAGCUUCUACAUGUUCACGACACGUCGGAGUUUGAACUUCGAUGUGCGAAAGCAGUGUUUCAUAUACUUGAGAUGUCACUGCGCUUCCAUUCUGGUCGGCUAGCUCAAUCAGCCGUCGGUUUCUCAAGGCAACGUUGAACUUUUCAUAAUUGACCCGAAUUACCAU